AUGGACGCCCACAAUGCUGUCAUCCUCGAAGCCAGCAAGUUCCACCCAGCCGCCAUCUCAGAGGAGACCAAAGCAUUCAACCAGAAGCUGAUGGAUAUCAUGGCACACGGGCCCAAAUGCGGACUCUCCUUAGCACCAGACCAACUCCCGUACCAACCACAACAGGUCGGUGCCAAACGCUACCGUGAAAUGCGUGCCGCAGGGGAAACACCUCUUCCUAAAGCCGUCUAUCUCGACACAGCGCAGGACGUGGCCAUUCCGAGCCGGGAUGCUGGCCGAACCAUUCCCUGUCGAAUACUCCGCCCUCAGAAUGGCAAAGCCGUCAAGUCGGUUUUCCUGCACAUCCAUGGUGGCGGCUGGGUGCUUCAGGACGAAAAGUCGCAAGAUCCAGCGUUACAGGAAAUCGCGGACACGACGGGCAUGUUGUGUUUUUCUGUCGGCUAUCGUCUCGCACCUGAGGAUCCGUAUCCCGCCGGACCCCACGACUGUUUCGACGCCGCGGAAUGGCUGAUUGACAACGCCGAAUCUGAGUUUGGAGCGCCCUUAGGAUUCGUGGGCGGAGAGUCCGCUGGGGGACAUCUCAGCAUGCUCGUCACCCUUCACCUCCUGCAGCACCAACACCCAAAGUACGCGGAUUUCCGCUUCAAGGGUCUCCUGCUACAUUUCGGCUGCUACUCAAUGAUAUGGACCCCGCACGUGUACAAUUUCCAACGACCGCAGAUAUUGGUCUUGGAUCGGGACCUGAUGGACCACUACAUCGACGUGUUUCUCCCCGGCAUGAGCCACGAAGAGAAGAGACAUCCGUCAAUAUCCCCCCUCUACGCCAAUUUGGAGCCGCUGAGGGGCAAGUUGCCGCCGGCCCUCUUCACGUGCGGGACGGAGGACUGUCUCCUGGACGACACCAUGUUCAUGAGCAUGAAGUGGUCGAUGGCUGGGGGGGAAUCGGUGGUCAAGAUCGUGCCGGGCGCGCCUCACGGAUACAUCAUGUUCCCCAAGAGCAUCAAGGGGAGCGGCGCCGAAGAGGGAAUGAAGGCGGUUGAAGAUUUCGUGCUGUCGAAGCUGGGUGGUUAG